AUGUUGAGAGAUUGUAUAGAGUUUGCUAAAGGAUGCCAAGAAUGUCAGAUGCAUGCAAGUUUCCAACAUGCUCCUGGAAGUGAACUACACUCAAUCAUCAAGCCAUGGCCUUUCAGAGGUUGGGCAUUGGACUUAAUUGGAGAGAUUCGACCCACCUCAUCAAAAAGUCAAAGAUACAUUCUGGUAGGAAUAAAUUACUUUACAAAAUGGGUCGAAGCCAUACCUUUAGUAAAUGUAGAUCAAGAGAUUGUUAUUGAAUUCAUUCAGAAACAAAUACUCUAUAGACUUGGAAUCCCAGAGAGCAUAACAACAGACCAAGGACCAGUCUUCAUUGGUCAAAAGAUGCACAAGUUUGCAAAAGAAAUGAGUUUCAAAUUGUUAACAUCCACACCUUAUUAUGCCCAAGCAAAUGGUCAGGUCGAAGCAGCCAAUAAGGUGAUAAUUGGUUUGAUAAAGAAACAUGUGGGAAAAAAGCCAAAGAAUUGGUAUAAGACUUUGGAUCAGGCACUUUGGGCCUGUCGAACGUCACCUAAGGAAGCAACUAAUACUACACCUUUCCGACUUACGCUUGGACAUGAUGCAGUAUUGCCAGUAGAAAUAUACUUGCAAUCAGUUCGAAUUCAAAACACAAGAAGAAAUUUCUCCAAACCGUUAUUGGGAAAUGACGAUGAAUGA